AUGACUACUCUAUCCACAGUUCGAGGCCGUGAGGCCCUUGCGUGCAGCACGGUCUUCACCACUCUGGCCACAGUCCUAGUGGCCGUUCGUAUCUACACCCGAGCGUUCAUGGUGAAGCAGAUGGGAUCGGAUGACUAUGCUAUCCUAGUUGCCUUGGCUUUCUCAUGGGGGUUCUACGGAUUGUUCGUGGGUGAGGUUUACCACGGUAUGGGUGCCGACUACGAUAUUAUCCCCCACAAGACCUACAUUAUUCAGAUGCUGUGUUUCUGGGCCUCCGUCCCAAUCUAUCAGACUAGUCUGAUUUCCACCAAAAUGUCGAUUCUCCUCCAGUACCGACGAGUCUUCUCCACAACGCCUCGCAUGCGAUUGGCUUGCAACUUGCUCAUCGGCUUCCUGGCUGUCUACGGCACCUGGACAAUUAUUAGUGCCUGGGCCAACUGCGUUCCUCUCAAGAAGUUCUGGGAUCCUUCAGUCCCGGGCUUUUGUUUCAAUAAAGAAGCACUGUGGUUCUCGAACUCGGCAAUCCACAUCCUGACCGAUCUUUUGAUUCUCAUCUAUCCUAUGCCUGUCAUCAGGUCUCUCCAAUUGCCGAGUAGACAGAAGCUUGCUUUGAUGGGCGUCUUUGCCCUAGGUGGAUUUGUUGUGAUCACCAGUAUCCUCCGCUUGAAGAGUCUCCUCGUCAUCUCUAACUCCAGCGAUCCAACACACGACAAUGUCGGUGCUGCUGAGUGGUCUGCUAUCGAGUGUAACGUCGCAAUCAUCUGCGCUGCCCUCCCAAGCACACGAGCCCUUCUAUCCAAAUUACUCCCCCAUAUCUUCUCCACGCGGAGUAACGGCUACCGCAGCAAGACACGACCGUCGCGCACUGGCCGGAGCGCCCUUACUGGCACACAUACCAACGUACAAGCAUCCGUCAUCGGAGGGCGUGACCUCGAAGACCCAGCGUAUGAUCUGGAGAAUCUAUCCCCAAGUGGCUCGUCCUAUGAUGGUUUCUCCAAGGAGCAGGAGUCUAAGGCCGCGCUCAACGGUAUCAAGGUUACGACCUUUGUGACGCAAGAGACGGUUUCUACACCGGCUGACAAUAAUGAUUCUGCGAGUACGAAGGACUUGGUUCAUACUCAUCGGGAGAGUUUCUGA